AUGGGUUCUCCCAAGACUAUCGCUUUCCUAGGCGCUAGCUCCGGUGUUGGCCUUUCCGCCCUGAAGCACUGCAUCGCCACUGGCCACAAAUGCAUUGCAUUGGCUCGGAUGCCGUCCAAGUUCGAGGAAAUGUUCCCUGCGGGCUCGCAGCCCAACCUCAAGAUUGUCAAGGGAAAUGCUCACGACAUCGAUACUGUCUCCCAGUGCAUCACAGCCGAUGACUCCGGUACCCAGCUAGUCGACAUUGUCAUUACCACCAUUGGCAGCCGACCAACUGCUAAGCUGACACUUGAGGACCCCGACGUCUGCGAGAAGGGCUCGGCCAGCUUGGUUACUGCCAUUAAGAAGCUCCGCAGCGAAGGUUUGGCCGGUAACCCCUACAUCAUUGCCUGCAGCACCACUGGCAUGUCCAAGCAUGGCCGCGACUUCCCGCUCGCUCUUUACCCUGUUUAUGCUUGGUUGCUCAAAGCGCCCCAUGCUGACAAGGAGGUCAUGGAGCGCAACUUCAUGGAGAGCGGGCUGCCAUGGACCUUCGUCCGUCCCGCUCUCCUUACGUCUGGUGCCACUACCAAGAUGGUUCGCGUUGGUGUCGAAGACCCUAAGAAUGGAUUUGAGUCAAAAGAGAUUGGAUACUUUAUCUCGCGCGAGGAUACUGGGAAAUGGAUUGUUGAUUACCUGGUCAACACGGAGGACAACAAGUACAUGUACAAGUUUCCUUCGCUCACUACAGGCUAA